UCUUCGUUCAAUACAUCUCACUAACCCUAAUUUCUCACUUGUUUAUCUGAUCGGAGGGAGGAGGAGGCCGAUCAUUGGUUUUUCCGGCGAUAGAUGGGCGGCGAUUUAUGUUCUAUCAGGACCUACAUUCGAUCAUACCGUCGUAGAUUAUUCGAAAUCCGAUGCAGACGGCGUGAUUCCGAUUCCGGCUACUGAUGCUGAUAUGACUUCUUCUUCUUCAUUGAUUAUCCUCGAUGAACAUAGCUAGGGAAAAUCUGGCGACGUAUUUAUGGGGAAAGUCCCGUACUCGAACAAUUUAAACUCAAACCCUAAAUCUCACUCUAUUCCGAAGAAGAAACAAUACUUCGGUGUGGAGAAUCAUCACCAUGGCGAAGAUUCUUCUCCAGUUGUGGUGACGCAGACAUCUGAUGAUGCACAGUCGUUCAGUCAAAGGCCGUCGGAUUUCAAUUGCGGUGGUUAUAUUAGCUAUAACAUCAGUUCGUGUACAAGGAUCGAGCUGGUUGAGCUGAGACGACAGUUUAUUGCGGAACUUGAGCAGAUUCGAAGUUUGAAAGGUCGAGUUGAUGCUGGAGAUUUUCAUCUGCGGAAUCAUGGUAAUAAUCAUCAACUUGUUGCUAAGGAGAAGAAAGGUUCUGGUAAAAAGAGGCCGAUUCCUUACGUAUCGGAGAAGAAUCCAGCGAGAACCUCUGAAGUUGUUCCGGUUAGUCGAUUAGAUGCAAGGGAAAUGGAGGAUCUAAUGAAGAUUUGCAGACAGUAUUUAACGAAAUUGAUGAAGCAUAAGUGUAGCUGGGUUUUUAAGCAACCUGUUGAUGCAGCUGCUUUGGGGCUUCAUGAUUAUCAUCAAAUAGUCAAGCAUCCCAUGGAUCUCGGCACGGUAAAAUCGAAGUUUGCUAGGAAUGCGUACAAGACGCCUCUGGAAUUCGCUGCAGAUGUGCGUUUGACUUUUAACAACGCUGUUUUGUAUAAUCCGAGAACAGAUGAUGUGCAUCGAUGGGCUGUUGAAUUGCUUGAUCGUUUUGAAGAAUUGUUUAGACCCGUUGAGCAGAGGUUGGCACCAUACCGCAUAGAGCAGCCACAGUCCCAGCUCCAGCCUCAGGCAUUGACUGCCAAUAACGACAUGCAGCUAGGUUCAUGGAAUCAUAUUCCAACCCCGGAAAUCGAUAGGACCAAGAAGCCCAAAUCCAACGUAAUCCCGCCCCCAAAGAAGAUCGAACAUCCGGAAUUGCCCAUGAUUGCUGUGCCAAAACCAUCUCCACCGAGAAGACCGAUUCCAGCAGAAAUGCCAAUGACAGCAGGUGGUGUUAUGCCAACGACAGCAGGUAGUGUUAUGCCAACGACAGCAGGUGGUGUUAUGCCAGCAAUGAUGAGAUCAAAUGUGGUGAAGCACCCAAAGCCAAAGGCCAGAGAUCCUAAGAAAAGAGAAAUGAGUAUGGAAGAGAAACAAAGACUGGGUAAUGGCUUACAGACUUUGCCACAGGAAAAGAUGCCACAACUUAUCCAGAUCAUAAAGAAGAGAAAUCAAAAUCUAGCUCAAGAUGGAGAUGAGAUUGAGCUAGAUUUUGGUGCCCUUGAUACUGAAACUCUAUGGGAGCUUGAUCGUUUUGUAACGAACUGGAAGAAGAUGGAGAGCAAGACAAAGAGACAAGUACUCAUUGGUGGAAACAACACUCCAAACCCAGCCGGGGUUCCCAUGGGACCAACGACCACAAACUCAGCAUCAGCUUCAGCUGAGGAUAACGAGGUAUCAGUGAGUGAGAAGAUGAUGGAAACAGUGAAGAAGAAACCCAAGAAGGAUAUGGGGGAUGAAGAAGAUGUUGAUAUUGGUGAUGAUGUGCCUAUGAGUACUUUCCCUCCUGUGGAGAUCGAAAAGGACCAGCAAUGUGGUGGUGGUGGUGUUGCUGCUGACCAUGGACAUGCUGCUGCUACCAGCAGUUCCAGCAGUGGUUCAUCCUCAUCUAGUGGUGACUCGGAUACGGGAAGCUCAUCAGGGGGGAGUGAUUCAGAUGCAGACGAUGCACAAUCGAGGGGGAUAGGUAACUAAAAGUAGUAAAAUGUGUUGUUGGUAUGAUGAGUAAUUGGUUAUUUUUUAGUUUGAUAGUUGGUUGUAUGGUUGGGGGGAAAGAAGUAAGUGGAAUUUGUUUGUUGUCUAUUUGGUGAGGUAGGUUUUUUAUUGAAGCAUUUUGGGUUGUAUCUGUUAUUGUUCUUGGGUUGAAAAGAAAGGAUUAGAUAAUUCUAUCUAUGUAGAAGGAACAAACAAACAGUAGUUAGUGAGAAUUAGAGUUUGGUUUAAUGAAAUUCAUCAAUCUUCA